GUUUGGUUUGUUGGGGAACGUGAUCGUCGACGCGGUGAAAAGAGUUGUACGAAACGACCGGGUUCGUCGAAUAAGCGAACGAAAAACGUACUCGAAACGCGUGUGCUUUCGAUUUCUCGGCGAAUUGCGGACUAAAAAUUUUAAACGAGUUCCUAUCCCCACCGCGGCGCCUACCUGACAAGGCCGUUGAGCGGUGAACGCUUGAACUAUGCCAGGAAUUUAACCGAUCGGAGCGCCGGAUCGGACAGAGAUUACCAUGGUAAAUUUUUACGAAAAACUUUUAAAAAUCUAUUGAUAUAAAAAAAGUCUUGUCAUAAAGAAAAUCAUUGUCAUUCUAUCAACAUGUAUCCCGCUUACACAACGAAUACCAAUGAUAUUUUAUACGAUCCCAUGGGAAGAUAUAAUCAAGAAUCUAAUUUAGUAUACAGAGGAUCAGAAACGUCCCUACAAAUUAGUGAGAAAUCUUAUCCCCCUUUAUUUACAUCGGAAGAGCUUGCGAAAUACGCUAUUUUAUUAUAUUACUCGUUAACGUGGCACUUUUAUACUUUGUUAGCUAAUAAUAUUUUGUGCUUUUUUAUUUCUUAUGAAAUAUUUUUUGAUCCUGAUAUUAAUGAAGAAAUUUUUGUAGUUUUACUAAAAAGUCUUUCCAACGUUCUUGUUAUUGCUGAUUCUCUUAUUACUAUUUAUCAAUAUUGGAAUAGAGUCGCUGUUCAUCGAAUUACCUAUGAAUGCAUUGGUGUUGGUUUGUUAAUCACUCAAAGUACAACUUUACUGAUAGUGAUUAUAUUAGGAUUAAAAGCUUUCUCUGAAACAUCUUUGAUUCUUGACAGUACACUUCUUGUGUUGUACAUACUUAGAUACUACAAAUUGGGGUUAUAUGUGAGGUUAAUGCAUAGAGUUCCUGGUCAAAUGAAGCUUAGAAAUAUAUUUGGGAAAAAUCUUUUAAUAUUAACAAUCGUAAUACACACGUUAGUAUGUAUUUGGAUGAAUUUAGGAUGUUUAGAGGAAACAAAAGUAUGCGAUAUGAAAUAUGCAGGACCGGGUAGUUAUUGGAACGAUGGCGUACAUGCUUAUCUAAUCAAUAUAGGCAAAAGCAAGAAUCAUAUUCCAAUAUAUCAAUUAACACCGUUGCAAAAUUAUUUGAUUUGUCUUUAUUACAUUAUGGGCGGAUUAACACAUGUCGGGUAAUUAAUUUCUUCUUAAUUUUUUAU